CUGCCUCCCAGCCCAGCCCCUGGCUGGAGACAUAAAUAGGCCCUGCAAGAGCUGGCUGCUUAGAGACUGUGAGAAGGAGGUCCCCCACGGCCCUUCAGGAUGAAAGCUGUGGUGCUGACCUUGGCCGUGCUCUUCCUGACGGGGAGCCAGGCUAGGCAUUUCUGGCAGCAAGAUGAACCCCCCCAGAGCCCCUGGGAUCGAGUGAAGGACCUGGCCGCUGUGUACGUGGAUGCACUCAAAGACAGCGGCAGAGACUAUGUGUCCCAGUUUGAAGGCUCCGCCUUGGGAAAACAGCUAAACCUAAAGCUCCUUGACAACUGGGACAGCAUGACCUCCACCUUCAGCAAGCUGCGCGAACAGCUCGGCCCUGUGACCCAGGAGUUCUGGGAUAACCUGGAAAAGGAGACAGAGGGCCUGAGGCAGGAGAUGAGCAAGGAUCUGGAGGAGGUGAAGGCCAAGGUGCAGCCCUACCUGGACGACUUCCAGAAGAAGUGGCAGGAGGAGAUGGAGCUCUACCGCCAGAAGGUGGAGCCGCUGCGCGCAGAGCUCCAAGAGGGCGCGCGCCAGAAGCUGCACGAGCUGCACGAGAAGCUGAGCCCACUGGGCGAGGAGAUGCGCGACCGCGCGCGCGCCCACGUGGACGCGCUGCGCACGCAUCUGGCCCCCUACAGCGAUGAGCUGCGCCAGCGCUUGGCCGCGCGCCUUGAGGCUCUCAAGGAGAACGGCGGCGCCAGCCUGGCCGAGUACCACUCCAAGGCCACCGAGCAUCUGAGCACGCUCAGCGAGAAGGCCAAGCCCGCGCUCGAGGACCUCCGCCAGGGCCUGCUGCCGGUGCUGGAGAGCUUCAAGGUCAGUUUCCUGAGCGCGCUCGAGGAGUACGCUAAGAAGCUCAACACCCAGUGAGGCGCCCGCCGCCGCCCCUCUUCCCGGUGCUCAGAAUAAACGUUUCCAAAGUGGGAA